GAUCCCCGCACAAUAAUGGCGGCCGUGAGGAGCGCAUGCGUGAUGUGUUGCGCGUUUCAUUGCAAAGCAAUGGCUCUUUGUGUGGCGACGAGUUUAUAGGUUUGCUUGUUUUGUUGCUCGGGGUGCAGUUUUUUUGUUUUAAUUUUUUUGCGCCGAGAUGCCGCAGCAACCUGGAGAAGAAGAAGAAGAGGCCGGCCGAGGAGUUUUUCAACGUCUGCGCUCAGUAAACACGCGAGAACCGUGCCAGGUCAUCUUCUGCAACCGCAGCCCUCGCUUGGUGAGCCCCAUCUGGCUGGACUUCGAGGGGAAACCGCGCCCCUAUCCGAGCCUGCAGCCGGGCACUGGGCGCCGCAUGCACAGCUAUUCGGAGCAUCUUUGGUUGUUCAGAGACGCAGGGACAUAUGAUGGUCUGCUUGUCAAUGAGGCUGAGUUGUUUGUGGCCACUCACAAUACGAAUGGACAGCCCAUAUUUGCAAACAUUACCUUGCCAGUGUUCACUCUAAAAGAAAGAUGUCUUCAAGUUGUCCGUACCUUGGUGAAACCAGUGGACUACAGACAACUAGACAUCGCUAGGUCACUGUAUGAAGAUCUGGAAGAUCAUCCUGAUAUUCAGAAGGAUCUUCAGCGGCUUUCUUUGGAAAGGAGUGAAACGCGAAGGAAUGAAGUCCCUGACAGAAGGGGAAACUCAUAAUUAGACAAACUGCUUUCCCUGAUGAAUUGUGGGUACAAGAGGCAUUUACUGUGGCUUAUAAACAGCCAUCAGUGAUAUCAUUGGAUUUUCGGAAGCUGACCUGGUUUUUAAGUAGAAUGAAUAGCUUUACAACACAGGGACAGCCACAGUUGUGAGACAGUGUUCUACUACAUUAGAUUUUUACAAAACCAGUCUUUGCAUUAAUUUCAUUCCUGGAAUACAAAGUACAAAAACUCAUCCAGAUGUUACCCAAACUGUCAGACCAAUUACUGUUGAAGCUGUUAUUAGGUUUCUUUCUCUUUAUCAAUUUAAUAUAGAAGAUGGUAAAUGCAGGGUAUUCCUAAAUUGGGCAAAUGCAUUCUCAUACCACAGGAUGACUGUUCCUGAAAUUCUCAAUUGUCUUUCUACCCAUCUAAUGUAGUAAAAAUGUAUUGGCUCCUUUGAUUUGUCCAAAGAUUUCCUACACAUUACCAUUUCAAAUGCUGCUUUGAUAUGCCCUUUUCUGUGUUAUUUGCAAUGCACUAUAGGCGUGUCCUACGCAAAUAUGUGAUAUAUUUAAAAAACUGAUAUAAAGGGAACACUGAUGGUAGUUACUUAUUAUGUUUUUAGCACUCUGUCUCAUUCCUGUUUAAAUUGGAGUCAACUAGGGUUUUUUCUACUUCAGUCAAAACAAGCAUCUGAGAACGCUGUGAUGCAGGCAGAAUCUUCUACCAGAAUUCAGAUUUACUGUGGUUCAAAUCUGAGCAAUGCAAGUGAAUGGGGCAAGUGUGGGAAUCAUACCUAGCUUUUCCCCUUGCGGGUUCCAAGCAUGAACCUAGCAAAAUCCAGCAUUCUCUGAAUACUUGCAAAGGGCUUGUGCCUCUCCCUCAUAUCUGUACAAAAUUAACAAUGUGAGGCUGACUACUAAAAGAGUCUCUUUUAGUCACAGGGAGACUUUUUGUCAUUCUAUUGUUCUUAUAUCAAGCACCUUCAACUGAUAAAAUUACACCACUGUUUAUGUUGUAAUGUUAGACCUAAAAACCAGCAAUGAUUACUGACUGAUGUAGUGCGCUUAACUCCAGCCCAGGUGCAAAUCCUGACAGAGCUAAUGUGAAAUUA